UAACGAUAACAAAUCGUUUGUCCAGGAUUUCGCUCGCCCUCCCCGACUCGACAUGCUGCUGGACAUGCCAGCAGCCCUCAGGGAAACCCAGCUCAAGCACAGCUGGAACCAGGACGACCGCUCUCUCAACAUCUUCGUCAAAGAGGACGACAAACUGACCUUCCACAGACACCCCGUCGCCCAGAGCACGGACUGCAUAAGGGGCAAGGUGGGCUUCACGAAGGGAAUGCACUGCUGGGAGGUGUGCUGGUCGACGCGGCAACGCGGGACGCACGCGGUAGUGGGCGUCGCGACGGCGGAGGCGCCCCUGCACUCGGUGGGAUACCAGAGCCUGGUGGGCAGCACGGACACGUCGUGGGGCUGGGAUCUAGGUAAUGCGACGCACGGUCGCAACAAAUUGUACCACGACUCGAAAAAUUGUCCCGGUGUGACGUAUCCGACUUUGUUAAAGCCGGACGAGACUUUCAUAGUGCCCGAUAAGUUUUUAGUAGUGUUAGACAUGGAUGAAGGGACACUUAGUUUUGUGGUGGACGGCCAGUACUUGGGAAUUGCGUUCAGAGGGUUGAAAGGGAGGAAGUUGUAUCCGAUCGUUAGUGCCGUUUGGGGUCAUUGUGAGAUCACGAUGAGGUACAUCGGUGGAUUGGAUCCCGAACCCCUGCCCCUCAUGGACCUCUGCCGCCGCGUGAUCCGCCAGCGCCUCGGCAAGCAGCACCUCGAAGAGAAAGUGAUGAGUUUGCAGCUGCCGCAAGCCCUACAGACUUACCUCCUGUACAGAGAUCGCAGAUAAUAACAGUGCUGUUUAGUGCAGUGAAUAAGUGUCCGGACAAUUUAUUAAUCAACGUGUCAGCCAUCAGAGCAACCAAAAAGAGGAGGGAGAGAAGUCGAGAGCAAUUAACGACGCGGACGUUUUUCGUUUAGGGACGUAACAAUUAUGAUUUCGUUAGUUGGACACACUCAAGUCUUCGCUAGUUUUGUGCUGUGAUUGGUAACGAUGAUGAUUUCGUUUGUUUUUUUUUUUUUUUCUUUUUUUCUAUUGGUUGAAUAAUUUUGUAUAAAUGAUCAUGGCACGCCCCACUUCCUGAUCUCGGGACAAGCGAGCCGCUUGUCUGCUGCUGGUUGAGAGAACAAUGCCAUAUGGUGUACAUAGUUGUAACUCAGUCUUCUUAACUUAUAUUCUCGGCACGGCUUCCUGAUAUAGCUUUACAAGAUAGAUUUUAACCUUUUCGGAUAGUGCUAGGCAGGGGGUGAGGGGGCGCCAGCCACCGGCGCCGAGAACAACGAAUGGGGCGAGCGCUCGAAACCGGGUGGCGCCCUCUACGAGACGCCGAUGUGCAUUUGUCGAAGCUGGAUGGAAUUACACCAAGAUAAUAUUAAUUGUAUGUAAGAAUAUUAGAUUAUUUUUGUAAAUAUUUAGUUAGUGCCAGUCUCAUUACACCAUAAUUUAUGUCUGAUACGAACAAUCGACUGCUCUGUUCUAUGAGAUUAAUGAUAAUUUUUAAGAGUGUAUAAGAUUUCUUUUGCAUCAUAACUGAAUGGGGGUCAUGUGAUGGCCCCUCGUGAGGUAUAGAAUGUCGGAGUGUAUGUCGUUGUGUAUUGUGUUAGUUUUUAGAUUGUUUAUUAAGAAAUUUCAAAACUUACGUGUUCAUUAGAUAAAUUUUUGCAAUUUCAUUGUUUUAAUACUUUUCUUUCCUCUUUCUUUCCUUUUUUUGUUUCAUUUUUAUGCAACUUGGAGUUUUUUUUUUAUCGUUUCAGUGAUAGAUUUCGACCAGUUUUUUUGGUCUUGUUAGAAAUAUUGAAAAUGCAAUGCGUAGUGGCCUGGACUACUAUGAUAUUGAUAAGUAGUAUGUUUUAUUGUAUUCUAAGUUUCGCUGUGAACGUCGUCCAGGCCUAUAUUUCAGUUACUCGAUGUAUGAUUAUACUAUAUAAGUAAACUCUUUAAACAAA